AUCAUCAGUAACUUUCCUCCUUUGUCAUUUUGCUGGUGUAUACUAAAACAAGAUUCCCUGAAACUUUGCUCUGCAGGAAAUCUCAAAUGUCAACAAUGUAUGCAGUGUGAUUUGCAGUGUGUGUAGUGAGCCAUAACAUUACAGACUUCAUAAACACACACAGAGAAAUCUAAGCAAGCAGACGAGCUUUAUUCAAAGUCGGUGAUUCGGCACAGAUAUUUACUGGUGUGUGCACUGUGUGGAGAAGUGAUUCCUGGACACGUUGUCAUUGAACCACUGAGUAUGAAUUUCCAUGUGAACUUCCCUCGUUUUUAAAUUCCAGCUGUUUUUUUGUAUAGCAAGUAACCAGUACUUCACAAUGGAUGCUUAGUAAGAGGGCUUCAACCUUGGGCAUCUGAUUGAAGUGAAGCCAUACCUCCAAGCCUCACUAUGGGUUACAUCAACAUGUACAGCAUGGGAGCAGGACUGGUGGCCAUCCUGGCUGUGUCCUACCAGUUUGGAUUGGUUCAUCUCACCAACAUGACCUCGGUGCUGGUGUACCUAGGGGUCACCAUGGUGGGCUUCAUACUGGGGUUCGUCAUGGUGAUGUUCUCCGGUAAGAAGAGGAAGCAGUCGAUGAUUGCGAAUCCAUCGCCCGCUGCUAAUGUGCUGGUCAUGAAAGUCAUGGAAGUAUUAUCUCGAAAGCACCGUCGACCAAGAGGCUUAGUUGUCUCGAGGAAUAUGGACAAGGCAAUCAAGGAAGUUUUUGAUUUAAUCAUGAAAGACUUUGUAAUGAGUUGGUACACUCAACUUGGGCAAGACACAGACGUGUUCACGUCAGCAUUAGAAGAGGACAUGUGGGAGUUUUUAGAAAAUCUGUUAAAGAGGCUGAAGAACAUCGACAAGGUGCGAUUCUUCACCAGCGAUAUUGUUUAUAAAUUAUGUGACCAUUUUGCUGAGCUGAGAGACACCACUGUGAAAGAUGCCCCAAACCCCAAGCCCUUCCUCCUUCAUCCCUGUCUGAUCAGUGAGGAGGCAGAGAGGGAAUUCUUACGAGAGACAACAGAGGUCAUGCUAGUCCUCAUGCUCCCAGCGGGCAUCGCUAACUCGGACACCGCCAGGCAUUUGUUGCGGGAAAUCAUCACAUGCGGAGUACUGAAACCUGCGGUGGACAUGAUCUGUGACCCGUACUUCAUCAACAGUAUGCUGGUGUCGUUUCUUGAGCAUCGAGAGAUCCUGGCCGAGAACCACAAGCGGAAAUACGCCUAUGCAGCCUCCUAUGAAGAGUUCAUCAAACUCAUCAACUUGUGCAAUGAAAUACAGGAAUUACAACAAAUAAGGUAUCACAUCAUCACUGAAAUAAUGCAUGCCACCAUGAUCCAAGAUCUGAAGAAAUCCCGAGGACCGGAGGCCGAUAAGUCAGCCAAGAGCAGGGGUAAGGCCAACCUUCUCAGAGUGCGUAAUCUCAAGAGGUACAUCAACCAGUGCAAAGUUGCCAAAGUACAGUGCGAGAGACGCCUUGCGCUUCUUGGUGGGCCAGAGUACCAGGUGUACAACCGGUCGGCACACUCCAAACCACUGGACGAUCUGAGACCACAGAGGGUUCUCACCCUCGAUGAGAUCCUAUCCAACAAGGUGGCCAGGGCGUACCUCACCAACUUCCUCAAGAAGGACGGCAAAGAUGACCUCCUCAACUUCUGGGUGGCAGUUGAUAGACUGAGAGCUAGUAAAAAGGCCAAGGAUCAGCACAUGUAUGCCAAUGAGAUCUACCAGACCUACAUAGCUACAACCAGUGCAGUCAAGGUGGACAAGGGUCAUGUCAAAGGCAUGGCGGACUUCUUAGCUGCUGAUAAGGGUCCAGAGUCAUUCUACAGCGCUCAGCAUCAGGUCUACCAAGAGCUUGAUGAGACAUACUAUCCAUCGUUCUUAGUCAGUGACACCUACACUAAACUCAUGUCUUCACUUGGUGAGCAGAGAGACAAGGGGGCCAGGGAGGACCUCAGCCCAGAGGUCCUUGAAAAGAAAGGCUUUAAUACCAAGGUCAAACCUGAAGUUCUGCCAACGGAUGAAACCAGCUUUGAAGAGCAGACAGUGUCCGUCAUGAGUAAACUUCAAUUUGUUGAUGAGAGACUCAGCAGUAAACAACAGGCACUGAGUAACCUCAAGAGCGCUCACUCAUCAGACUCAAAGAUGCAGCAAAUGUUGGAGAAGGAAAUUGAGCAGCUCCGUCUUGAGAAACUAUCCCUAGAGGUUUACAUUGAAAGGACGGAUUUAUGGUGUGACUACAUCGGCAAGUGGAGAACGGACAUCUGCUCUGCUCAGAUCUUGGACGAGGGUGACAAAGUUGUCCCCUAUUAUGUGAUAGUGGUACAUCCUAUUGACCCAUCAAUAUCCAUACCAGGAUGGGUCGUUUCACGACGUCUGGGGGAUUUCCAUGCCCUGCAGCAGAGAUUAAAAGAGUGCUCUAAGUGGGUUGGUAAAAUGGAGCUGCCACAGGUUAGCAGGAAACCGUUCAAGAAACUUGAUCAGGACUUCUUGACAAACUCACAAGUGACGUUGCAGAAGUACCUCACAUCUGUUGUUCAAGAUGAGACACUGAGACACAGUGAGGUUCUUUACACCUUCCUGGUACCCACUCCUGAAUGCCUGAGAACAGCAAGUGUUCAGGAUCGUUGGGAUUCAACCGCAGAGCCUCUGUACACUCUAAUCAGUGAAGUGUUUGAGCUUCAUGGGAUGUUUAAAUGGCUACGUAGGAAACUGAUCUUCUUCGUUCAGUCGACGUUUGGAGGGACAAUCAACAAGCAGCUGAGAGAAACCGUUGAAUGGUUCGUUUCGGAACCGAUGAUCAUCUAUUACAUACGUAUGCUCCAAGACUCCAUAUGGCCAAAAGGAAAACUGGCACCCGCUCAACCAGUACCCAGCCCGGAGCAAAGAGACAAGACAAAGAAGAAGGCCAAGGAAAAGUUCUUGCAGUAUCUGCCAGAUUUUCUGCAGUCUGUCUUGGGAAAGACCAAUAGCCGUUUUGGCGCCAUCAAAGUUUUUGAUGCCUUCCAAGAUAUACGCACCAAUAAACACCUGGUCUAUACCAUCAUUGAACAAGCCCUCUUAGAGGUCUGUCCAGAGCUGAAGGAUCCAAGACUUCUCGAGCAUCUUGAGGAGGAAGAGAGAAAGCUCCAAGAGCAAAGGAAGAAAGCGGCCGAGGAGGCAGCCGCCAAGAAGAAGGAGGAAGACAAAGAGGAAAUGGUGACGAAGACAGACGAAGAAGUCGGAGAAGAAGUUGAUGAGAACAAUACAAAGGAAGAUAGCGGAGCAUCAGAAACUAGGGAGGGUUUUGAUGAUGAGGAUAACCAAGAUGCUAGUGAUGAAGAUGAAGAUGAUGACGAUGAUGCUCCAAAAGGUCUUGAAGAAAAUGGCCUUGACACUGAAGACGGCGAACUUAGUAACAAGGAGAAUACAAGCAUUGAAGAUUUAGGGCCGAGAGAAGAUGGAGUAGGUGGACCAGAUUGAAGGGACUCGUAGCAAGAGAUGACGAUUUUUACAGCGGUCUUUCUUAAUGGCAAAAGAAAAAAGUUAUAUAUUUUUCGGUAAAUGCACAGAAGAAUUGUUAUUAUGUAAGAAACUAUUUUAUUAGAUUCAGAAGAACUAAACCUUUGGUAGAUUGGGCAUGUUGGGUCUCAUUGUCGAUAUUUACAGUUUUUCGGAUCGUUGUCAAACCACAUUUCGCAUUUUGUGAAUAUUUUUUUUACUGUUGUCAAAUAAUGUGAAAUGAAAGAAAUGUGUGAUAGCUCUGUUUUCUAUUUCAUACGGUCCAUUGGCCCUAAAACUUACUAAGCAGAGAAAAACAGUGGUAAGCAAAACCAUGCUUAGCUUGUGGUUUUCAUGGUGUUUCUGGUGGAGUCAUUUAGGUCUUAGCUAAGCCAUUCAAAAAAGAAAGUAAGUGUCUCUUGGA